AUGUUUCAAUCGUUUAGUCGUCCGUUUUCAUUGGGUCGGCCAUUAUUAGAGCAAGUGACCCGGACUCGUAGGGAUGUCAUCUCGCCCAAAUUAGCCGGAACCAUAUUCAGACAACCCGACUUACCAUUAAACAGAGAAAGAAAAUUGAGAAGAAAAGAAAAGAGAUUAAAGAGACAAAUUGUUCGUGAUGUUAAUACUUUGAAACAGCAUGAGCUUCAGAAUGUUCCAUUGAAGGUUGAUCCAGUACUAGGUGACCCCAAGUGUAAUUUUUUCACACGAAUCAUGCAAAAAGUUGAAAACUCUGAGGCUAACCUUGCAUUUGGAAUCGAUAGACUCGAAAUGGAAAAGAUCAUUUAUGCCGCAGACAAAAUAGCUCUUGAGAAAGUAUCCGAUAACGAAGUUUUGCGAGAAAAUGAGAAACAAAAGGCGCAACGCAAGAAAGAUGCUUUGUUGACUAUUUUGAACUUGAAGAAUACCGAUAAUUCUGACAAGAGGAAAAUGGCUGUUAAGUUUGCUCGCGAAGAACUUCAAAGAGAACCGGGUGACACUGCUUCGCCUGAGGUCCAGGCCGCUGUGUCGACAGUGAAGAUACAUUUCAUGAUGAGACACGUUAAGGAGAAUAAACAUGAUCAUCCAACAAGGCUCUUGGUCAGAAACUUGGUACAAAGCAGACAAAAGAUUCUAAGGUAUUUGAAGAAGAAGAACCCGGAGAGGUAUUACUAUGCAUUGGCCAAGUUGGGCUUAACUGAUGAUGUUGUUGUUAAGGAAUUCACUAUGGGCUACAAAUACUUGCAAGAUUACCAAAUCUGGGGUGACCAAGUGCUAGUCAAGGAAACUCAAAGCGAAAAGAAAAAGAAAUUCAGACUUAAGAAACUUAGGGAGAAGGUCAACACUUAUCACGAGGUUGCAAAGAAGAAUUACGAGAUCAUGAAAACAGAAGGUAUCAAGCCAAGUUCCAACUAA